UACCAACGGGGCUGUGGCGCAGCGAUACAACUCGCGGUGGUAUCGUUGGUAUCGUUGUAUUUAGCGCUGCCUGUGUUUGGCGUUUCGCGCUGCAAGUGCAUUGCUCCAUUCGGAAAUGGCCGCGAGUUGACUCUUCACCUUUUCGUAACGGUGCAGCGGAUUUCAGGCUCCUGUUAAGGCUCUCUCUCCUUUUUUUCUCGUUUUGGUUAGAUACAUUCUGACAUCUACGACGCACAGAAUGGAUCGAUUUCUCUCGGAGAGAAAGCGUGAUUUGGAAAAGCUCGACGCUUUCACUAAAGUUCACGUCGUGCUGGGAAACGAAGCCUGCGAUUUGGAUUCCGCCGUGUCCGCUAUCGUCACUGCGUACUUGCUGCAUGAGCUCCAGCCGGUCGCGACGUUACUCGUCGUUCCCGUGCUCAACAUCGUGAGGAAAGACGUCAAACUGCGGACGGAGAUCACGUAUUUCUUCGAACAAGUGGACAUCCCGCUAGGCAAGCUGGUGUGCCGGGAUGAAAUUGACCUGAAGAAACUUCUCGCUCAGUCCAAGUUGUCACUGACCCUUGUGGAUCACAAUCUUUUGCCCAAAGAAGAUGCUGACUUGCAACCUGCAGUCCAGGAGAUCAUUGACCACCACAGGUUGGAAACAUCUCACAGGUGUGACAAGACAGUCGAAAUGGUUGGAUCAUGCUGCACACUGGUAGCUGAGAAAGUUUUGCACUCCAAGCCAGAGCUUUUCACCCCUCAGGUUGCUCUUUUGCUUUACGGCACAAUACUCCUGGACACGGUGUGCCUCUCUGAGUCUGCUCGGAGAACGACAGCCAAGGACUUGGAAAUGGUGUCUAAGUUGCAAGCGGUGCUUCCCAGUGCUCCAGUUGCAGUGCUCCAGUUGCAAGCCACUGUUUCACUUGGCUUGACUUUGGAUGAGCUCCUUCACAAGGACCUCAAGGUUGUCUGCUCAUCCGCAAAGCGCAUAGCAUUAUCAUCGGUGCCUGGAGAAUUAAAGAGCAUCUGUCAGGAGAACACUAUGGAGGCAGAGCUGGGCAAGUUCUGCAAGACGCACGGCUACAGUGCCCUCAUCAUCCUCACCAUAGCCGUUGAAGAGAAAAGCAAUUCGGUACGGAGGCAGCUAGCAGUCUUCUCUCCAGACAUUGUGCUCAAGCAGCAGUUGACGUCGACACUAUUCGCUGUGGGAGACCCAUCUCUGGAUCAGGUUUCGCACAUGUCUACAGACCACCUCAUCACGUUUGUCCAAGGCAACACGCAAGCUUCGAGAAAAGUCAUUCUUCCGGUUGUGAGAAAGUUCCUCAACACCCUUGAUGAUAACAUCCUGCCCAAGAUGAAUGAGCAUUGCCCCCAGACAAAUGGAACCCUCAGUGUGAACAAUCAACCUUGCGCUCCAACAACUGCGAGCAGUCCUGAGGACACGGCAUUACGGGACCCCCCUUUCUCGCCUUCCGAUUCUUCAAAUAGCAUGUCUGAAACUGCAAAAGAUGGGGUUUCUUGCAGAGGCACAGAAAAGGUGAACGAUGAAAGCUUCAGUGCAGCGGUUGAGGCCGAUGUACCUAGUCAAGCCGCCUUCCUCUACCGAGCCCAGACGGUGGACUUCCCUGACAGCCCACACCUGAGGUCUGCGCAGAGGAAAACUGGUUCCACCUGUGGUGAAGAUGAAACAGAUGAUGAAGUUUUGUCUAGAGGAGACCACACGUCAAUUUCUGAAGCUCGAAGAGCAUCUUCCUGUUCCCCAACACCAGCCCAUGUAAGCAACCUUGAGUUGAGCCAGCCUUUGAGCCUGGCUUCGGAGCUGGAAGAAUACUACGAGGACAGCCUCCUGAGUGGGAGACUGGCCGUUCCGAAUUUAGAAAAGUCACCCGUGUCGGCUCCCCUCGCAAGUUGCUCAUCCAGUCCCGAGUUUGAGGCCGACAACGAAGCUGAGCCUGUGUCAAUACCGAGCUUAGGUUUUUCGUCGCACGACGACGACUCCUAUGCCCUGGUCAGACACUCGACGCCCAACGCGAGCAAGACUUCGCUAGACCCUGCAGCCGAGCAGUAUUCAGACGACGUGGCCCGCAUUAAUCUACACAACCUGCCUCCUCCCUUGGAGAACGGCAACUCUUUUCUUUUCGAGGAGAAGGCUUCCGGGGAAUUGCCGGACGAAGACCUUGUCGCCAAGAUUAGGAGUUGCUUCGACGAGGCGAAAAUCAAAGAUGGCUACGUUCUGAGCGGCCGGCUACAGGACCUACUGACCCCAAAAGAAGUGGACGAGAUCGUCAACAACUAUGUGUCGUACUCCAGCUUCAUAGACGACAACAUCUUAGAGGCCGUUGUGGAAAUGGCGGGAGGGAGCCUGAGGAACGGCAGCGGUUGUCAUAGUCGGGAGAAGAAAGUGAUAGUGCCAAACUUAGAGCCGUUUGCGGACGACUCGAGGGACAUUGUAGUUGUUGCUUACGAGGAGGACAGUAGCUUUAGCCUCCGCAGCAACGGCAACAAGACGGCGAGCCUCGAAAAGAAGAGUCUAUCUCACCGCGGGGGUGGCGACACCCACGACGUUCCGGUGGCCGAGAUCUUCCACUCCUUGAAGAGGAUAGACGUUGAGGAGUCCGUCCUGAAAAAGCUAGAUAUGCUUCCCGGUACUGGAAACACAAACAGAUUCGUGACCGACUCGUCUCGUAGUUUGUCGUCACUGCCGGCUGACCUCUCUCGGGAGGAGGAAGAAGUCAAGGUGAACCCUGCCCGCUCAGAUCCAGAACUGCCGGUCAUGGCCCUUCCAGAACAACCCUUGAACGGCAGCGUUGCUGCUGUAACUGCUCUGGACUCUCCACCCGAGCUUGUUUCUGAAGAAAUGCAGCAGGAAGAUGACUACAGUGCCCCAGCAGAGAGGCCCUCAAGCCUGAGUGGUGCUAACAGGAGCAGGCGCAAGAUUAAAGUGAACCCAGACAUCCUUCGUGCCCAGAUUGGUCUUGACGAUGACCAGAAGAGCCUCUCGUCUAUGAGCAACAAGAGUGAUGGAGAUGUCUUCUCACCUGCGGACGACCUGGCAACGCCAGACAUCGAGACUCCUGAUGAACUGGGUGACUCUGUACUGGGAAGAGAUGACUCGACCCUGAGUGACUCAAUUCCUGAGAUGUCUGCUCGAGAAGAGUACGCAGAGGAGAGAAGCUGGAAGACUUGCAACGUGGGCGGUGUCGAGCGCAAGAUUGACAUGAGGGUGAUUGAGCCCUACAAGAAGGUGCUAUCGCAUGGAGGCUACUUUGGGGAGGAUCAUCAAGCCAUCAUUGUGUUCAGCGCAUGUCACCUGCCUGAUCGGUGCCGGAGAGACUACGACUAUGUCAUGGAUAAUCUGUUCCUAUACGUUUUGUCUACGUUAGACCAACUCGUGGUUGACAGCUACGUCCUGAUUUACCUUCAUGGGGCCACUGAGCUCAGCAAGAUGCCCAGCUUUGGCUGGCUCAAGCGCUGCUACCAAAUGAUUGACAGAAGGUUGCGGAAAAACUUGAAGGGGCUUUAUCUUGUGCAUCCCACAUUCUGGCUAAAGACUAUCGUCAUUAUGACUAGGCCUUUUAUCAGCUCAAAGUUUAGCAGGAAACUGCGUUUUGUAUAUAGCCUCGAAGAGUUGUCUUGGGUGGUACCACUAGACCACGUGUGCAUACCUGACAAAGUGAAGCAAUUCGAUGCUGAGCGCGCCCUUGAAGGAUAGGAGAGCUUCACUCCUCUUCUUGGAGGUACAACAGACAUGCCAUCCAGCGUUGCCGCCUCCAAGGACCUCUUCGGUGCAGAACCAUUUUCGCCGAC